CAUGCCUGAAGUAGCACCGAAGACUGCUCCGAAGAAAGGAGCUAAGAAAGCCGUAUUGAAACCGGCAAGCAAGAGCGGGAAGAAGCGCCGAAGGACCAGGAAGGAGAGUUAUGGUAUCUACAUCUACAAGGUCCUGAAGCAGGUUCAUCCCGAUACCGGUAUCUCCUCCAAGGGGAUGGGCAUCAUGAACUCUUUCGUGAACGACAUCUUUGAGCGCAUCGCCGGAGAAGCCUCUCGCCUAUCGCACAUCAACAAGCGUCGGACCGUCUCUUCCAGGGAGAUCCAGACCGCUGUCCGCCUGUUGCUUCCCGGCGAGCUGGCCAAGCACGCCGUGUCUGAGGGAACCAAGGCCGUCACCAAGUACACCAGCUCCAAGUAGACGAUCAUAGUCUC